CCUCAGCACCAUGGCAGCGCCGUGUCUCCAGAAGCUGCCGCUGCUGCUGCUGAUGGCGGCGGCGGUGCUGCUUCCCUGCCUGGCACGGUAUGACCAGUGCCCGACAAAGCUGUUCUGCCAGUAUGCCUGCAAGAUAGCGGGGCUUCGGGAACGGUGCGUCGCCUGCUACUCGGACCUCUGCCCCUUCACCAACAGCGCUCAGGAGUCGAAAAAAGGAACGGUCUUCCCAUCGAAACUACCGAAAAGCCUGUCGCGCGCGUCAGUCGGCGGAGCAGGUGUCACAAGCGCCACCGACAGCAGCGGCCCCGCUGCCCCCGCCAUGGACAGCGGCGGCCCCGUUGCCGACUCGGGCAGCGAUGGCGCUAUGGACACGGCCAUCAGCAGCCCCGUCAACACGAACGUCGCUGCCACCGCCGCCAGCAGCGGCGCUGCUGAAGCGGACGUCAGCGACGCCGGUGGCGCCGGCGUCGAUCGCAAGCACGCCAAGAGUGGCGUCUCGUCAUGCUUCCACGGGGGCGUGUACCGCGCGCUCUACACGACUUGGUACGACAUGGCUCACUGUAACUUAUACGCGUGCACCAUGAGCGGGGUGCAGGUCACCAGGCUGGCUGACUCGUGCAUGGAUGCUCCCGAUCACCUGGGUGACUGCACUCGGUACCGUCCAGCCAACCAGUGCUGCUACAACUACCACUGCACCUUCAACAACAUCACGACGCAUGAUGACUGCGUGUACCUUGGCGUGACGCGGCCGCACGGCACCAGCUGGGUGGACGACAACGACCAUCCGUGCGUGCGCUUCUACUGCAAUGACGGCGCGGUGGUGGUCCUCUCGGACGUGCGGCCUCUCUGCCCAGCGCCGCCCAGCCACGACUGCGUCGGCUACCAGCUGCUCCACCAGUGCUGCAACGGCUUCAACUGUUCCGUCGUGCAGGACAAGUCUCCCUGCUUCGAGGCCGACGGCACGCGCCGCGAGGACGGCUCCGUCUGGUACGACGACGACAUCUUCCCUUGCGUCAAGUUCAUCUGUCUGAGCGGCGAGAUCCAGGUGCUGGUGGACAGAAACAGCUCGUGCGCGCCGGCGCCGGACCCCACCUGCGCGCACACGCGUCAGGUGGGGCACUGCUGCGCUACCUUUUCCGAAUGUCCGUGCGAGUUCGACGGACAAACGUACGCGCACGAUACGCUUUUCGUCGACAGCGUCGAGCACCCGUGCCGCACGCUGCGCUGCGACAACGGCACCAUCGUCACCGUCAACCAGACCGAUUGCGAGUCGCUCGACUGCACCCUCACCGUCUGGCCAGCCGGCGAGUGCUGCCGCGAGUGCGUCGGGUGUGUUUACGACGGCGUGCAGCGGCCCGAAGGCUCCAUCUGGUUCGAUAACCAGGACCUGCAGUGCACGUUCUUCCAAUGCACCAACGGCCAGGUGCAGACGGUGGGCAACAUCACCUGCGACCCGGCGCCCAGCCCCGGCUGCGUUGCCUGGUUCAUACCCGGCGUCUGCUGCCCCAAGUGGGACUGCCAGGAAGCGCCGUGUGUGCUGGACGGCGUGACCAGGGAGCACGGCGCCACGUGGCCCCAGAACCCGCUCAAGCCGUGCGUCUUCCUUGGCUGCAAUAACUCGGUGGUGACGGUGGUGGACGUGGCGGCGCCGUGCCCGCCGGCGCUGGGGCCGCCCUGCGUGGAGCGCGACGUGCCCUACCAGUGCUGCCCGACCUACGACUGCGUCAACGUCACCUGCCCGUACGCGGGGCAGACGUACAACGAGGGCGACGUGUGGGUGGACAACCCGCUGCACCCGUGCAAGUGGUUCACAUGCCUGCGGACGGGUGUCGAGCUGGUGAACAGCACCCUCUGCCCGCCGCUCGUGCCGCCCAACUGCCCAGCUCAGCGUAACGUCACGCAGUGCUGCAAGAUGUGCGUGCCGUCAGACGGCUCUGGCUGCUUCGACGCGCUCGGCAACCCCCGCUCGGAGGGCGAGCUGUACUACAACGACCCGGAGGGGUGCUUGCUGGUGCGCUGCCAGAACGGUCAGGAGGUACUGGUGAUCGACAGAACCACGCUGUGUCAACCUCCCGACAACGUCGACGACUGUGUGGUGGUGGGCGUGCAGGACUGCUGCCCCAUUUACAACUGCACCACUCAAGACACGAACCUCUGUAUGGACGCGUACGGCCACCCCCGCGCGGAAGGUGAACUGUACUACAACGACUUGGACCACUGUCUGCUGAUGCGCUGCGAGAACGGCCAGGAGGUCCUGGUGGUCGACAGGAGCACGCUGUGCAUCCCACCGGACAACAUCGAAUUCUGUGUGGUUGUGGGAGUGGACGAUUGCUGUCCCGUCUACAACUGCACGCCUCCAGGCGUCACGAACUGCACGGACGCGGCGGGCGAGCAGCACGCAGAGGGUGAGAUGUACUACGACGACGCGGCCCAGUGCGUGCUGGUCACGUGCGUCAACGGCUCGGAGGUGGUGGAGGUGAACAAGACCGAUCUGUGCGACCCACCGCCGCAGAACCCCCUCUGCACCGUCCUGGCCGUGCUCGACUGCUGCCCAAUCUACCGCUGCCCCGACUGCGUGUUCAACGGCUGUGACACAGCCGAUCGGCAGCGAGUGGUGGGACGACCCAGAGAGGCGCUGCGUGCGCUACCGGUGCUCUGAGGCCGGCAUCGUGGUGGAGGUGGUCAACCACCUGCCGUGUCCGCCGCCCCGUCUGGGCUGCACGCCCAUCCGCGAUCCGCCCGCCUGCUGUCACCACAAGUACAACUGCAUGUUCGAUGCUGAUCACAACCUGAUCCCGAUGCA